AUGCCCCCACGUCGGCUUCACCGUCAUCUAAGAGUACUCCCCUCGCCCAUACCGACAGAUUUCUCCUCGCUCGUGAAUUCUUCGCCUCCAUUCGAAACCCUAGCAGUUGAUGCUUUCCUGGUGGAGGAGCGGAGGACUAUUAGGGCAUGGAUCGAAUCGUCGGCGGCAAGUACAAGCUAGGGCGCAAGAUCGGGAGCGGAUCCUUCGGCGAGAUCUUUCUUGCGACCCACGUUGACACCUUGGAGAUCGUCGCCGUUAAGAUCGAGAACAAUAAGACGAAGCACCCGCAGUUGCUUUAUGAGGCCAAGCUGUAUAACAUUCUUCAGGGGGGAAGUGGUAUCCCAAACAUAAAAUGGUGUGGUGUUGAUGGAGAAGAUAAUGUUCUUGUUCUCGAUUUGCUUGGUCCAAGCCUUGAAGAUUUGUUUGUCUAUUCUGGCCGCAAGUUCUCAUUGAAGACGGUUCUAAUGCUGGCAGAUCAGAUGAUUACACGAAUAGAGUAUGUGCAUUCCAAAGGUUUCUUACACAGAGAUAUUAAACCUGAUAACUUUCUAAUGGGUCUUGGUCGGAAAGCCAAUCAGGUAUACAUCAUUGAUUUUGGACUUGCAAAAAGAUAUCGGGAUUCUACCACCAAUCGUCAUAUUCCAUACAGAGAAAACAAAAACUUGACUGGAACUGCUCGUUAUGCAAGUUGCAAUACUCAUCUUGGUAUUGAGCAAAGUCGCCGGGAUGAUUUGGAAUCUCUUGGUUAUGUUCUUCUCUAUUUUCUCCGAGGGAGUCUUCCAUGGCAAGGUCUAAAAGCUGCCACAAAGAAGCAGAAGUAUGAUAAGAUAUGUGAGAAGAAGCUUUCAACUCCUAUUGAAGUUUUAUGUAAAUCUCAUCCGGUGGAAUUUGCUUCUUACUUCCAUUAUUGUCAUUCUUUGACAUUUGAGCAACGGCCUGAUUAUGGAUUUCUGAAGCGCCUCUUUCGUGACUUGUUUACCCGUGAAGGUUAUGAGAUCGAUUAUAUUUUUGACUGGACAAUUUUGAAAUAUCAGCAUGCCCAAAGGACAAGAUCUCAACCUCGAGCCUCUCCAAUCUCUGGUGGAAUGACUAGCCGAGCAAUUCCAAUGGACAUUGACAAACAUCAAGUUACCAGUGCAAAUGAUGUUCCUCAUGGCAAUGAAGUUAAAGAACGUGUAGGACCAAGUAAUGCUGCACGCACUACAGUUCAGAUGCAGUUCAAACUUGCAGCUGAUAAAAAUAUGGGUUCUGACCAUCAGCGUCUUGAUAAGUUGAGGAUGGGAACAAGCUCUGAAAAGCCACAUGUACCAUCUUCAUCAUUUGCUUUUCCUGGCGCCCCAAAGAAAAAUGUGUUGGGUUCGAAACAACAAUCAGGGCCAACUGAUUCUUCAUAUCUUGGUUCAUCCAGCAGUUGGAUUCCUUCCCUACAGCAUCCUUCAGCAAAAUGACUGGUAAUGUGCUGUGCAUAUCUGCCCAUAUGUUCAGUGUCCCAUAUUCAUGUUGAGGCACCCUGGUUGAGUGUAUUUUCAUUAUGGGCUAUUCAGGUGUAGGUUCAUAUGGGUUGGGUCCAACAAAAAGAUAGCAUAUUGCUACCAAAGAUGGCUUCCAAAACUAUUGUUGCUUAAGUCACUUGGUGGAUAACAGGAUAAGUACUGUAUUCCCUAUUAAGGUGACCACAGAUACAGAUGUUGCUAAAAUGAUCUUCAAGAGACAUGGUUGAUAGUGUGCUACAAAAUCAACUCUUGUUGGUCUAGCAUAUUAUGACUCCAUUCAAAUUAGAUGAUGUGUGAGAUGAAUUCGGGUUCUGUUAAUAGAUCAUAUGUUAAUUCUACUGGUUAGAGGGGAAUCCUGUAACAACAAAACAGCCUUGUGGAUUUAUCUAUUUGCUGUUCUUCUGUUGCUUGUA